UUAGUGAGCUCCGCUGCAGAACCCGAGCUGUGGUUUUUACAUUUCGGUCAACAGGCGGCAGUAAGGAGCCAUGUCUGUUUUAAACCUGCCUAAAACCCACGAAGAAGACUGUGAAGCCUCGCCAUGGCGGAAACAGAGCAGCAACCAGGAUCUGCUCCUGAGGAUGAAGCACCUCAAGUCACAUACAUGGUGCCCAAGAAAGAAAUCAGCAUGGUCCCUGACAUGGGCAAGUGGAAACGAUCUCAGGCAUAUGCUGAUUACAUGGGCUUCAUUCUGACUCUGAAUGAAGGUGUCAAAGGAAAGAAGCUCACGUGUGAAUAUAAAGUGUCUGAGACAGUGGAAAAGUUACUAGAUCUUUUGGGGACUUUGGACCGAUGGAUAAACGAGACCCCACCAGUUGACCAGCCAUCACGCUUUGGUAAUAAGGCCUACAGAACCUGGUACGCCAAACUAGACCAGGAAGCAGAGGCCUUGGUGUCAGCAGUGAUCCCUGCUGACAAAAGUGCAGCAGUUCCAGAGGUAGCUGUUUAUUUGAAAGAAUCUGUGGGGAACCCAACCAGGAUAGACUAUGGAACAGGUCAUGAAGCUGCUUUUGCUGCGUUCCUCUGCUGCCUCUGUAAGGUUGGAGCUCUCAGGGUAGAUGAUCAGCUUGCUAUUGUUUUUCAGGUUUUUAACAGGUAUCUCUCAGUGAUGAGGAAGCUGCAGAGGACAUACAGGAUGGAGCCAGCUGGAAGCCAAGGUGUGUGGGGACUGGAUGACUUCCAGUUUCUGCCCUUCAUAUGGGGCAGCUCCCAGUUUGUAGAUCACCCAACACUGGAGCCUCGUCACUUCAUCGAUGAGCGGGUGGUGAACGAGUAUCACCAAGACUAUAUGUUUCUGGAGUGCAUCAAGUUCAUUAAUGAGAUGAAGACGGGUCCGUUUGCUGAACACUCCAACCAGCUGUGGAACAUCAGUGCUGUUCCUUCCUGGUCCAAAGUCAACCAGGGCCUGGUCAGAAUGUACAAGGCCGAGUGUCUGGAGAAGUUCCCUGUGAUCCAGCACUUCAAAUUCGGUAGCCUGCUGUCCAUCCAGCCAGUGAACCCAUGAUUCUCAUGGAGGAAUGCCGCCGCCGCACACGACGGAAAGACCAAAAUCCCAACAGUUUGGAACCAACAUUCUUCCCUUUCUCUGGCAUCCUCACGCGCAAAUACAGCAGUAGCAGAAAUCAACCACACGUAGUCUGACACGCAUUUAUUCCCACAUGUGCACGCAUGUGGUCAUGAAAGCUUAUCAUCCACAACAAAGUGCAGAGCAUGUUGUGGUUGUGAUUUCGGAGCAUCCUCUUUUUUUUUUUUUUUUUUUUUUUGGAAGUGUGCUCAUUGACGCUUAAUGCUUGAAUUUACCUCAGAGUUUGGAUCCUUGUGAGCAGUAGGCUCAUUCACAGAGUGAGAUGAUACAAAUAAGACUUUGUGUGACUUAUUGAAAAAUCUUUUGUUAUAAUAUUUUUGUUCAGUUUCAGCUCCGUACUUGGUUUUCCUUCUAAGGCCAAAUGUUUUAAUUUAGUUGCAAAUGUACCCAUAUUUUAAUUGCCCACUUCAUUUUUAUCAGUUCAGUUGUGGUAAACACUGUAAAUUGACAAACCAUACUUGAAUAAAUUCUUGUGGUUG